GUGCGUGCGGAGGUCAUGCUGCUGGAGGUCCGUCAUGUCUGUCCUGGAGCCGACCCUCCUGCUCUGUGUCUACGGCUUCUUCUCCAACCUGCGGCCGUCCGAGCCCUUCCUCACCGCCUACCUCAUGGGACCAGACAAGAACCUGACGGAGACCCAGGUUGUCAAUGAAAUCUAUCCGAUCUGGACCUAUUCCUACCUGGUGCUGCUGUUCCCCAUCUUCCUGGCCACUGACUACCUGCGUUAUAAGCCUGUAUUGCUCCUGCAGGCCACCAGCCUGGUGGUGACCUAUGCUAUGUUGUGGAAGGCGCAGGGCAUGCUGACCAUGCAGCUCUUGGAGUUUUUCUUUGGGCUGGCCACGGCCUCGGAUGUGGCCUACUACUCGUACAUCUACAGCGUGGUGGAGCCGGCCCACUACCAGAGAGUGACCGGUUACUGCCGCAGCAUCACUCUGUUCGGAUCGGCCGCCGGCUCGCUGAUCGGUCAGCUCCUGCUCUCCGCGGCUAAAGUCCAGAUGGUCCACCUCGUCAUCAUCACUCUGGCGUCGGCCUCUGUGGCCUUCGUCGCACCCUGGUUUCUACCCAUGCCCAAGAGGAGCUUGUUCUUCCACAAGAGUCCAGGAGCAGAGGGGGGGCCGCCCAGCAGCAGCACAGCCCUGCUGGAGAAGGCCGAGAACUCAGAGAGAGAACCGCCUCCCAAUCAGCAUGACGUCUCCAAGACAAGCAGCUCCUCUGACUCAGGCAGUGGUCUUGUGGCUGUGUUACGGUUGCUGUUUGAAGACUUCCUGAGGUGCUACAGCAGCCGGCCCCUGCUGGCCUGGUCUCUGUGGUGGGCUCUGGCCACCUGUGGCUACUUCCAGGUGGUUAACUACGCUCAGGCACUGUGGGAGAACGUUCGUCCAUCUCAGGAGUAUGAAAUCUACAACGGCUACGUAGAGACACUGUCCACACUGCUGGGGGCUCUGGCUGCCCUGCUGGUGGGCUACCUGCCUGUGUGCUGGGCCGUGUGGGGGGAGCUGGCUCUGUGUCUUCUCUCCCUGCUGAUGGCUGCAUGCGUCUUCGUCAUGGACACGCUGGGAAACAUCUGGCUGUGUUACAGCUCCUACGUCAUCUUCAGAGCCACGUACAUGCUGCUCAUCACUGUGGCCACAUAUCAGAUCGCAGCCAGUCUCAACAUGCAGCGCUACGCCCUGGUGUUUGGAGUGAACACCUUCAUAGCCCUGGCCCUGCAGUCUGUCCUCACAGUGGUGGUGGUGGACUCAGCUGGCCUCGGCCUCGAUGUCUUCACUCAGUUCCUCAUCUAUGGCGGCUACUUUGCUGUCAUUUCUUCGGUCUUCCUCGUCGCUGGGGUUUGCACCUUGGCCUCCAGGAGGCGCUGUAAGCAGGAGGAGGAGGUCCUGCCCGAGACCCAGGCAGAAACCAGUCAGACUCUCCUCCAAGCAGGGACGCCAGCUCCUGGAGAUGGGACGUAAGGAUAAAUAUCAGCCCCUUUCAGACUGCCCUUUCAAACCGCAAUAUUUCCACCUCUGUGUCGUUUAGCCUGAACGCUGAACGUCCCAAAGGUGUAACGGGGGACCAAGUGAUCUGGCUCUGUUCCGCCUUCACAGGUAGUAACGGAGGAGUUAAAUUGGCAAGACAGAAAAUAUGUGACAUCCAUUAUUUGUGCGGCCAACACUAGAGUAAUAAGGAAGUGGGCCGUAUCAUCAGAAACACAACUCUCACUCAGUGCGUUUACAUUCACAGUUCAAUCGAGCUAUGCUUAAAAAUCGAUUUUGGCGUCUAAUUGGACUUCUGUCCCAGUUUACAUGCAACUGAGAAAAUUUAAUAACUGACGGGAAAAUGUCCUCCUCCUCAACACUGGAUGGAGAUAUGCGUUGUUUCAGCAGGAUAAUAUGACCCCCUUUCUGGUUGACCUCAGUCACAAUAACUAAUGCGACCGGCUAAUGAACGGCUACUGCGACCGGCUACUGCGACUGGCUAAUGUGACUGGCUAAUGAACGUCUAAUGCAACCAGCAAAUGAACGUCUAAUGUGACCAGCUAACGAACGGCUAAUGCGACCGGCUAAUGAACUUCUAAUGUGACCAGCUACUGUGACCGGCUAAUCCGACCGGCUAAUGUGACCGGCUAAUGAACGUCUAAUGUGACCGGCUAACGAACAGCUAAUGCGACCGGCUAAUGAAUGUCUAAUGUGACUGGCUAAUGAACGUCUAAUGCAACCAGCAAAUGAACGUCUAAUGUGACCAGCUAACGAACGGCUAAUGCGACCGGCUAAUGAACGUCUAAUCCGACCGGCUAAUCCGACCGGCUAAUGUGACCGGCUAAUGAACGUCUAAUGUGACCGGCUAACGAACGGCUAAUGCGACCGGCUAAUGAACGUCUAAUGUGACCGGCUAACGAACGGCUAAUGCGACCGGCUAAUGAACGUCUAAUGUGACCGGCUAAUGAACGUUAAUGCGACUGGCUUUCUUGAAUGUUUUUUUUUCCGGGGGGCAUACGCCAGCGUGGAGGGUGGAGAAGUGGAGCAAAAAACACGUUUACAUGCACUUCAGUUGUCCAGUUAUAGUCAGAUAAAGGCAAUAAUUCAUUUUUUUUAAGUGUCAUGUAUACGUACUGACUGAGUCUGACAGUAAUCAAAUCAUGUUCAGUAAAAUGCAGAACAACUUUGCUUGAGUUUGUAGAAUCUCUACAACAAGAAACAGCACAAUGCGGUCACCUAUUGUACACAUGUCGCCGCCGCUCUGUUACACGCCACUACCGGCUCCUCCCACUAAUUCACCUUUGCGGCACUUUGACAGAAAGGCAGUAUGAAAUGGGCUGUUUUUUUGCUUCUCCGAUAGUAAAGCUGUUACUAUGUGGAGAUUAGCACAGUGACUCCAUAAGCUGAGCUUCAGUAGUCUCUUCAGCCAUAUAGUUGUACACUGUAUUGUUUGCUGUCACUUUCCUUAUACUGACUAAACACUUGACGCUGUAGUAAAGAGUUUUAGCCACCAUGUGGCAGAAGAACUCAGCACAAGCUGACAAACGCACAUCACAUUAUCUAAUGUUAGGACUAAUGUGUUUUUUAAUACGAAUAAUUUUUGUCUUAUGCUGUUUACAUACUAUUCAAAUAGUUUCUGGGCAGGUACUGUACUAUAAUGUCUGCUGCUGCUGGUAGCUUCUUUUGAUGAUAAGAGCUCUUAGGGCAAACUUUACAGAAACGGUACAACAACAAAGAGUGGAUUUUAAACAUUUAACCAACAACCAUGUUUUAUAGACUGCUUCUCUCUAUAAUAAUAGUAUAUAUUGAUUUGUUUAGGGGGCGCUGCAGCACCCCCAGCACCUCGACUUCCAACGUCCCUGCGGUGCAGAGUUGGGUGAUAGUUCUGCAUAGGUUCACAUUAGGGCAGGGCGAUAUGGACCAAAAGUCAUAUUCCGAUAUAUUUAGGCUGAAUAUCGAUAUACGAUAUAUAUCCCGAUAUUUUUAUCGCAAAGUGAGAGCAAAUGUUCAGUCAAAGCCAAAUAUAACAUGUCACAAGUAGUUUUUUUGAAACUGCUUAUUUAAGUGAACAUAAAUACUGUAUAACAACAGGAGUACCUUUUUCUUAGAAUCAAAGCUAAAGUGUAAAGUGUUUUGGAUAAAAGCGCAAUAUAAGUGCACCCCAUUUACCAUUUAUGACAAACCCGAGUAAGAGUAGCAUUUAUAUACAAAGAAAGGAAGAAAAAAAUUAAACUAUAUCGAUGUAUGUGAUAUGGUCUAAUUCCAUAUCAUAUUUAAAAAUAUAUCGAUAUAUUUUUUAUAUCGAUAUAUAUCGCCCAGCCCUAGUUCACACUUAUAAACAGCCCUUUCACUUUAGUAUAAAGUAAUUUGAUUAAGUAAGAAAAAAUGCAGCUUUAAAAGACCAUUUCUGAUAUACAUGUCAGACAAUUUUUCAAAUGUUCAGAACUCAAUUUCUGUCCAUUUUUGGUGCCUUCGACUGGUAAGGAAUGGUGCCUUACUAGCUCUGCUUCCUACUUCUGUUACAUUUGACACCAGCCAAGAAUAUAUGUUGUUUUAUCAUAUUAUCAUUGCUAAGUAUUACUGAUAAAAAAUAUUGGUGUCAGGUUUCUCAAUAUGUAUCUUUAAUGAAUGUCAGAUGCUGUAUUGUUCAGACUGCACUGAUGUGUUUUAAUAGUUUAUGUGUAAAUGUGAUGACCAAAUGAAUAACUGUAGUUUAAGAUAUGCUUUGUGUUCUGCAGCACAAUCACACAGUAACAAAUGGGUUUGCAAAUCAAUUAAAUAGCUUGAAUUAUUUGAAAAACCUAUUUUUAUAUUAAUUUUAUUAUAUACUAAUUUAAAAUAAUGGAAGCUUAAGCUAAAAGUUGAAACUGUAAUGGAACAAAAACCAAAUGAUUGAAGUGAUGUUUAAUUUAUUUAUUUGUAAUAGUUUAAAUUUGAUCCAAGUUGGAUGAAACACAUGUGGGUGAUUCUCAUGAACAUGGUACAGCUCAUAGCAAAAAUCCAAGAGCAUUGAAUACAUGUUUUCUUUGACCCUUUAUGACAUAUACAAUCUAAAGUCACUGUUUAAUAUGAAUUUAUAAUCUAUUUAAGAAAAUUUAAGGUAUUUUUUUAGAGACACUGGCCCUCAUUUAUCAAACGAGCGUACGUCAGAAAGUGAGCGUAAAGUGGGCGUACGAUCAUUUCUACAAGCCUCGGCAUUUAUCAAUUUGGAUGUGAGCGGACGGUACGAUCAGAUCUCACGUCUGCUCUCAGCUCGUGUACGCAAAUUUGAGUCAGCGUGAAGUCCACACGUCUGAGUCAGAGAAUUGAUCUGAGACUAUUGUAUCGAUGCCUGGAGCUGAUAAAACUCUGUGGUGUUUUGAUUUUUAAUAGUGACAAAGCAAAACAUGUUUAGACUACAUAAUUUAUCAUUAAAACAUAAUCCAAAAAUAAAUACACCCUGCGAUCGUGAAAUUCUUUAAACAGAAUACCAGCCGAGGAUAUUAAAUGUUGUUGUCUUCUGCUGUUUACUGUUAUUAUUAUUAUUAUCCAGCUCCGACACCGGAGGGUCAGCGUCUCCUUCACCAGCGGUGCUGCCCGAAUAGAAACAUUUCCAAUCAGCGCUGCCACACGCUCCUCUGACUAGGACAUCAUUAUUAGUAAAUGUAAAGAGGUCAAUAAUAUCUCUUUAUCAUAAUAAUAGCAAUAUUCGGAUAUUAUAUAGAUUAUUGGGCUUUAUAUAUCACGAUGUAAUUACUCAAACCUCGCCGGGAGUUUAAUAGUCCGCUACUCUGCUGACGGCACCACUGAUUUCCUUCCUUUUCACUUUUUAUGCUGCCAAACAAAACUAGUUUGUUGUGUUGCAGCUGUUGGACGUCAGCGUUUCACUUUCUGACUGAGAAGUUCCUCUUCUUUUAGAAUUAAAGCUUACUUUAAAACAUUGUUUACCUCCUUCAACCAAAAAGCUGAAAACUUCUAAGUCCGUGCUCCAAAUGUAAAAUAUUCACUGAACUUGUUUGAGUUUAUAACUAUAAGUACUUUUAUUUCAUAAACCUCCGUCGCUGCGUUUUUCUGUAAUAUGUCUAUAUUGCCCCUAUUGUUAAUUGUAACGGUGCACUUUGCUAAUAAAGCUGACUUUAGAGGGUGAAAAAAUCCUCCUUUUGGCCGCAUUGCGCCCUUCGGUGUCGUAAACUCUGAAGGCGAGUCUUCUGAAUCGGGAAUAUAUUAGGGCGUGGUAUUUAAAUUACGCAUAUUUCUAGCCGCCACAUUUAUCAACAGCCGAUCAUUCUUACGCUGUGAUUGGCGAGAUACGAUCGUUUGAUAAAUCACACGUGGACCCUGUCGUAAGACGAAAUAUACACUCGGAUCUGCGCUCGUUUCUACGCUCGCUUGAUAAAUGAGGGGCACUGUGAGCAAAAUUCAUUACCGUAACACAUUUUUAAAUGAAAGAAAAACACGAAAGUUUUUUGUUUUUUUUCUCCCUUGGCAAGCACUUAAAUAUGCUCAAGGGUAGCUGGUAUCACCAAAAUAUAUUUUAUUAAAAUAUACACAUUUUAAUGCAAACGAUUCUAUCAUUACCGUAACAUUUAGCCAUUUUUUUCUGAUCAAUUUUCAUUCAGAUUUUGUUCUUUAUACAUUGUUAAAAACCAUUAUGUUUGAUCAUAUUCUGUUAAAUCAGGGGUCUCAAACUCAAAUUACCUGGGGGCUGCUGGAGGCAGUAUCGAAAUGACCAAAAAAAGACACAAAAUUACUUAAAAAAAGACACAAAAUGACAGAAAAAAACUAAAUUACUUAAGAGAGACACAAAAUGACCAAAAAAGACACAAAAUGACCAAAAAAGACACAAAAUUACUAAAAAGACACAAAAUUACUAAAAAAAAAAAAAAGACACAAAUGACCAAAAUAAGACACAAAAUGACCCCAAAAAUAGACAAAAUUACUAAAAAAGACACAAAAUUAUUAGAAAAAGACACAAAAUUAUAAAAAAGACACAAAAUUAU